CAUUUUGCUGUAUAUGAACAAUUGAUCUUUCUUUCAACCCCAUAUAUUGGAUCUCAGUUUCAUACUUUUUUACUCCAAUCAUUACCUUUCAUAGCCAGGAAAAUGGCAGUGCUCCGAACAUUAGUUUGUUUGACAGCCAUAGGCAUGUUCAUGGAACUCGCCAUGGCUGCAAAUCACACAGUUGGAGGUGCGAGUGGUGGCUGGGAUACAAGCACUGACCUACAAUCUUGGGUUGCAUCUCAAACAUUUGCAGUAGGCGAUAAUCUGAUUUUUCAGUACACUCCGAACCAUGAUGUGCUUGAAGUUACGAAGGCAGACCAUGACUCCUGCCAGACGAGUAGCCCUCUUCAGACAUAUACCGAUGGCAACACAGUCAUACCCCUUACUUCUCCAGGAAAGCGAUACUUCAUCUGUGGAACACUUGGACACUGUAGCCAAGGAAUGCAGAUUGAAAUCGACACAUUAGCCACGUCUACGCCACCAUCGGCAUCUCCUUCUCCUUCCUCUCCGCCAUCUGCAUCUCCUUCUCCUUCCUCUCUGGCUGCGGAAACUUCUCCCUCACCUGCAAAUACCCCAGAAUCAGCUCCUGGCAGUCCCUUAUCCCCUGAUGCGCCUUCAGCUGAAUCACCCACUCUUGCUUCUCCACCUCCAUCAUCAGCUAACAAGAGCAGUUUCCGAACAUGUCUUACAUUGGGGUUUGGCCUUGUGUUGAUGGUGCUUUUGGCUCUCUAAGCCGAUUCCUUUCUUUUCAAGGGUCAGUAGCAGUUAAACCCAUUUUAUGCUCCAUAUAUGACGAGCAAUAAUGACAACAUGCAAUUGCUGUAUUCUUCUUCCUCCAAACUGCGAUAUCUGUGGGAUCCAUUCCCAAAACACACCAAACUCUAACUCAUGCGAAAAUAAUGAAUAAAAUGUCACACAAUCCUUUACUGGGGAUAAAUGUUGUAUUUUA